CAAUCAUUACAGCAACAUUGUGCUUUCGAUUGAAGUUGAUUUGCGUUUGAGUUGUUUAUUUAUUUGCUUGGUUAAUAUGCACAUUUACAGAAAAUAACAUCGCAGUUACCAUAUAUCGUUGUAUUUCAACACCUCGUUAUUAUUUUCUGAGAAUGUUUGCAUUUCGCAAAACUUGAAACAUCUUUGAUACGUUGAGUAUGACGAGAACGAUACCAGUAGAAAAAAACUGUACAACGGCGACGAAAUGUGAUAUAAUUUUUGACAAAAAAUAACUAUUGCCUUCCGUUGAUUAUCCCAAACAAGAGGAAGGAGUAGUAUGAAGCCACGCACAAAUCUUCUACUCGUGCUCCAAGUUUUACUGAUUGUGUCGAUCGUUCAACCCUUAGAAAAUCGUCAAGAACAUUCCAAGAAAGAGGAAAGGAAAGAAAAUGGUACCAAUGAUCCCUGCCACGAUCAGUUUACUCGAUGCAAUGGUACGCAGGAUGGACAAGAAGUCCAGAUACAAUUCUCAAGCCGAGUGGUAAAGAAUGAGUACAUUGUAGCUUUCAAAGGGUACUAUAAACCAGGUACUCGUAAAAGCUAUAUUGGGGCUGCCUUGAAUUCCUCUGGAGUCAGUCACUGGCAGAUCUUGUCUAGAGAUAAUCCUGCUAGUGAAUAUCCAAGCGAUUUUGAUGUUGUUCUAUUGGAAGAAACUGACAGACGUAAUGGACUCAGCGCCCUGAGUGAUCAUCCUCUGGUUAGAAGAGUCACACCGCAAAGAGUUGUGCAUAGAACUUUGAAGUAUCUGAACACCACAGAAGAUGGGGAUAUGCCAGAAUAUAAAAACUUUAGACGAAAAAUAAAUGGCUAUAACAACCAGUUCUGGCAACCAGCGGCACGUUAUGCUAACCGCCGACUUCUACGUGCGAUUCCUCGCCAAAUCACCGGCAUUCUACAAGCGGAUGCACUGUGGGGAAUGGGUGUCACUGGACAUGGUAUAAAGGUGGCAGUCUUUGACACUGGUUUAGCUGCUACUCAUCCACACUUCAAAAAAAUUAAGGAACGAACAAAUUGGACAAACGAAAAAACUUUAGAAGACGGUCUUGGACAUGGUACGUUUGUGGCUGGAGUAAUAGCUUCGGUUUCACGUGACUGUCUAGGCUUUGCACCAGACGCUGAACUACACAUAUUCAGGGUAUUCACUAACGCUCAAGUCUCCUAUACAUCGUGGUUUCUUGAUGCGUUCAACUACGCCAUUCUCGCCAAAAUAGCUGUCCUCAACCUCAGUAUCGGAGGUCCAGAUUUUAUGGAUCACCCUUUUGUUGACAAAGUUUGGGAGUUGACGGCGAAUGGUGUGAUAAUGGUUUCAGCAAUCGGGAACGACGGUCCUUUAUAUGGAACACUUAACAAUCCAGCAGAUCAGAUGGAUGUUAUAGGAGUAGGUGGCAUAAACUGGGACGAUCAGAUUGCAAGGUUUUCGUCACGUGGCAUGACAACAUGGGAAUUACCCUCUGGUUAUGGGCGAGUGAAGCCUGAUCUAGUCACGUAUGGAUCAGGAGUGCGAGGGUCCGCAUUGCAGAGUGGGUGCCGCACUUUAUCCGGCACCUCGGUUGCUAGCCCAGUAGUUGCUGGGGCUGUGGCUCUGCUGGCUAGUGGUUUUUUAACAUCAAAUUCCGCAUCAAGUCAGUCCGGCAAUAAUCAAAAAAAGGUGACCCCUGCGAGCAUGAAGCAGGCACUUUUGGGAUCAGCGCGACGCCUACCAGGGGUCGGGAUGUUCGAACAAGGUGCUGGGCGACUGGACCUUCUUCGAGCUUUCCAUUUCCUACGAUCAUAUCGGCCGAUGGCUACGCUAAGCCCCAGUUACAUAGAUCUCACGGAAUGCCAGUACAUGUGGCCUUACUGCACCCAAGCGGUUUAUCACAGCGGAAUGCCGACGAUAGUAAACGUUACUAUAAUAAAUGGACUGGGAGUGUCAGGACACGUAACUUCUGUUAAAUGGCAUCCAUACUCGCGCGACGGUAAUGGUGAUCGCGUUGAGGUCUCCUUGACUCACAGCGACAUUCUUUGGCCAUGGUCAGGGUGGCUCGCAGUUGCUAUAACAGUACCUGCCUCUGCUAGUGAUUGGCAGGGUGUUGCACAAGGUCGCAUAUCAUUGACUGUAGAAUCACCUCCAGGAGACGGUGAACAGGAACCCAGACGAUCCGCUGUUGAUCUACCGCUGAAGGCAAAAGUUAUACCUACACCACCUCGUCACAAGAGAAUACUGUGGGAUCAAUUUCACAAUCUACGAUACCCACCUGGCUAUUUUCCAAGAGAUGAUCUACGAGCAAAGAAUGACCCAUUGGACUGGAACGGGGAUCACAUACAUACAAACUUUAAGGAUAUGUAUCAACAUUUGCGAAAUGCUGGGUAUUACUUAGAGGUGUUGGGUUACCCUCUGACCUGCUUUCAAGCCAAGAAUUACGGUACUUUGCUUAUCGUUGACUCUGAAGAAGAAUUCUUUCCUGAAGAGGUAGCAAAACUGAAGUUGGACGUCGAAGAGGAGGGAUUGUCCGUCGUAGUAUUUGCGGAUUGGUACAACGUGACAGUGAUGCGGAAAGUCAAAUUCUAUGACGAAAACACACGUCAGUGGUGGGUACCGGAUACCGGCGGUGCCAAUGUACCUGCUUUGAACGACCUUCUCCACACCAACUGGGGCAUAGCCUUUGGCGAUGAAGUGCGAGACGGACAGUUCACGCUCGGUCAGCAUCCACCAGUCACCUUUUCAUCUGGCACAACGCUUGCCAGGUUUCCGCAGGACGGGGUAAUACUCCAUGUAGAAUUAAAAGACCAAGGACACGAACUACUGUUGGAAGGUGAUGCCAAACAACCCGAGCUCGUCCCGAUCCUUGGACUUUUCCAGACUCAAAGUCACAGAGCAACUGAUCAUCGCUAUGAUACUAUCGGCAAUGAGAUUUCAAAUGACAUAGAACAAAAUGUACCAAAAAACAGGGAGAAAGAUAUUGCUGGCAGACUCGUCGUUUAUGGCGAUUCCAAUUGCAUCGAUGAUAGUCACCAACACAAACCAUGCUUUUGGAUGUUGGAUGCUAUAUUGGAAUUUGCUACAACUGGACAUGUUCCUACCGUGUUUGAAGAGGCGAGUAGGCGUGAUAAAAAUUCUGUUGACGGGAAACAUUGGAUGAGUAAAGAUCAGGAGGCGACAGAGACACUUUUACCUCAACGGAUGGAGGGUAGCCACUUGAGUCGUCAUAGUAAAGUUCUUGAGGUCGAUGCCGGUGGUGCUGGUGGACGACUACGACCUCUACCAGCGUGCCCAGUGGCGCUACUCGCUGUACCGUAUCCGCUCAACGAAUCUGUCCCUGCUAAUUUGUACAAGUCUCAGAAGUUACUGUCGGUGGGCGAUAGUUUUAUCGUGGCUGUUCCUCAGCUCCAAGAUUCAGACUCCUCUUGGUCGAGACGACGUGGUGGCAAUGUGAACGGUGCAGUGCCGCGUUAUUCUGGGGGCAAAAACACCGAUUUUGAAGAGAUCGAUGAGGAGAUCAGAGACACUGGAUGGUGGACAACUCGAGAACAGUGGAGACUGUUAGCAGGGAUCAUUGCUCUUGGGGUAGCCAUGCUCUGCGCGUUCAGUCGGUGGGGCUGUUGUACGUCGAAACGUCAUCCUCGGAGGAAACGAGCAACAGGUAGAUUACGCAGAGUGAUCCAAGCUAUUGCGACACGCAGAGUACCUCAGAUGUAGUCAAAUUGUUUUUAGCACAGUCCAAUACUGACUAAGAAAUAAGUUGCCUUCAAUUGCUGGAUGGAGCUACGUUUGAAAAAACCCCGCUAAUUGAUUGAUCGUUCAGUCAUUCCCGCAAUUUAAUCUAAAGUUCUACUCGGAUUAAACUGCGUAUUAACAAUAUACUGCGUACUACCUAGGAUGAUUUGAACUGAUCUUCUAUUCAUCGUGUAAAAAUGUCGCGAUCAAAUGUAGCAAAUGGUGCAAUCACUUUUUAUAUUAUUGUACAUACGUGCUAUGUCUUAGUUGAGUGCCUUGAGGUCCUGAGCACUGUAAUGGCACAGUUAGAGAAAGGUGAAACUUUCUAUGUACAUACGUGAGUUUUCGGAGAAAAUCACCAUAAUUUAAGUUUCAAGAAUCUAAUAUUUCAUUCAAUAAAAUGAAAUCGACUAACUUAGCAACGAGGUGGAAUAACAUUGAAACUAUGCACAACUAUCGUUGCCAGUGCCUUAAAACACGGUUGAGUGAUAGGCAAUGAAAAUCAUAUAUUCUAUCAUUUAGAUAAACCAACCAAAUAAAUAUAUUUUAAUUUACAUUUUACCAUUUUAGGGAUCGGAAUAUAUUAGUACAUAGCAAAAUUGAUUGAGACAGUCUGAGUCUGUUGAAAAUAGAGAAUUAUCAAGAAUUCCGGCUCUAAAAUUUGAAUGCCGUGUACUUAUGACCACAUUAUUCAUAGAUUUUUUAAACACUUUAAAUAUCACUUGUAAUUCAUUCUAGCGAAGUUCUAAGGUAGAAUAGUGUUCAGCGAACUUGAAUACACAAUCUCAGCCUGGGACAAACCUACAAUAAUAAGCUCGUUAUUACCUUACUCGGUCAUUCCUAUAUUGUCAAGCUCGCACACGGUAAUCACUAUACUACGAAAAUAUACAUGACUUGAGAUUAUA